AAACAAGAUGGCGGCCGGUGGCGAUCCGGAGCGGGACGCCGGCAAUUCGGAUUGAGCCCUCGGCCCUCACGGCUCGGCGGCCCCCCUCCCCGGCCCGGAUCCCUCGCAGGGGGGGGAGCUUCCCCGUAGCCGCCUGUCCGGACUCCGAGCGCCCUCCCGAGCCUUCCUUUCCCCUCCCUUCCCCCUCCCGGCCAGCGCCCAGAGAUGCGGGGCCGGCGAGGCAGGCCGCCCAAGCAGCAGCAGCCGGCGGCGGGCACCGCUCAGGCGAGCUCCCCGGCUCCGCCCUCCGCGGCGGGCCCCAUCGGGGGGCUGAGGUCCCGGCAGCGGGGCAGCAGCCGCGGCAGGUGGGCGAGCUCGGCCCAGGCGGAGACGGCGGCGGGGCCCAAGCAGAAGGGGGCCGGGGCUGCCCAGGCCUCUUCCUCCGCCGCCGUCUCCCCCAGGGGGGGCAGCAAGAGGAAGGGAGGCAGCGGCAGCAGCAGCACCCCUGGUGGGGGAGGCAGCGGCGGUAAGGGUAGGGGCAGGGCCGGGGCUGGAGGAGCAGGGGGAGGAGGCGGAGGAGGCAGCUGCAGCAGCCAAGGCAGGGCUGCCUCGUCCAGGAGGAGCAUCAGCAAAGUGGUGUACGAUGAUCAUGAGAGCGAAGAGGAGGAGGAGAGCAUGGUGUCCGACGAGGAAGAGGAGGCAGACCCCGAGGAUAACCAGGACUCUGAGGAGGAAGAGGAGGAGGAGAUCAUGGAGGAGGAGGACGACGACGACUCUGACUACCCCGAAGAGAUGGAGGAUGAAGACGAUGCCAGUUAUUGCACUGAGAGCAGCUUCAGGAGCCACAGCACCUACAGCAGCACCCCAGGUAGGAGACGACAAAGAGUGCAUCGUCCUCGUUCUCCAAUAUUGGAAGAAAAGGAUAUCCCACCUUUGGAGUUUCCUAAAUCCUCAGAGGACUUAAUGGUGCCUAGUGAGCACAUCAUGAAUGUGAUUGCCAUCUAUGAGGUACUAAGGAACUUUGGCACUGUUUUACGCCUUUCUCCUUUUCGUUUUGAGGACUUCUGUGCUGCUCUGGUAAGUCAAGAGCAGUGCACACUUAUGGCAGAGAUGCACAUAGUGCUUUUAAAAGCAGUUUUACGUGAAGAAGACACUUCAAAUACUACCUUUGGACCUGCUGACCUCAAAGAUAGCGUUAAUUCCACUUUGUAUUUCAUAGAUGGAAUGACGUGGCCUGAGGUUCUGCGAGUAUAUUGUGAGAGUGACAAGGAAUACCAUCAUGUUCUUCCUUAUCAAGAGACAGAGGACUAUCCUUAUGGACCAGUAGAGAAUAAAAUCAAGGUUCUGCAGUUCUUAGUGGAUCAGUUUCUUACAACAAACAUUGCACGUGAAGAGUUAAUGUCAGAAGGUGUUAUUCAAUAUGACGAUCAUUGUAGGGUUUGUCACAAACUUGGGGAUUUGCUUUGCUGUGAAACUUGUUCGGCUGUGUACCAUUUAGAGUGUGUGAAACCACCACUCGAGGAGGUACCAGAAGAUGAGUGGCAGUGUGAAGUCUGCGUGGCACAUAAGGUGCCUGGAGUAACUGACUGCGUCGCUGAAAUCCAAAAAAAUAAACCAUACAUCCGACAUGAGCCUAUUGGGUAUGACAGGCACAGGCGAAAAUAUUGGUUCCUGAACAGAAGAAUCAUUAUAGAGGAAGAUUCAGAAAGUGAGAAAGAUAAGAAAGUCUGGUACUAUAGUACAAAGAUUCAGCUGGCAGAGUUAAUUGAAUGCCUAGACAAAGAUUACUGGGAAGCUGACCUAUGCAAAACUCUGGAAGAAAUGCGUGAAGAAGUUCAUCGGCACAUGGAUGUAACAGAAGACCUUACUAACAAAGCCAGGGGCACCAACAAGUCUUUCCUUUCUGCAGCAAAUGAUGAAAUUUUGGAUGCUAUCAGAGCAAGAAGAGGAGAGGUAGAGGAAGACAGAAACACACCAGCAGACGAGGCAGAAAAAGCCAAAAGCGAUGCUGAGAAUGACCAGGCAGAUGGUGAGAAAGGCAAGAAAGAAUCUGGAGAUCAAGAUAAAGCUGAGGACACAUCCACUGAGCAAACUAUGGAGAAAGUGAAAAAUGAAGAGGCAACAGUCAUUGGGGAUAAAAGUAACUGUCUGACAUCGAGCACUGACGACAACAACACAAAUCCUUCUGCAGGAGAGAAUAGUUGCUCUGAAGGGAAGAACGCAAUGGGGUGUCAGUCAGAAACCCCUGAUAGCAACAACGUGGCAGAGAAGAAGGUGGCAUCAGAGCUCCAUCAGGAACUCUCAGAAGAAACUGGUCAGAUGAUCCCUAGCAACAGCAGUGCGUCUGCUGCAGCUCCGCAGACAGAUGUUGAAAACAGCAACAGUAGUGAGCUCAGCUCCGGGCAGAAUGACUCCAUUAAGAUGCCUGAUGAUGCUGAAAAUGCAGAGGGGGGAUCACAGACUUCAGAGGACAUAGGAGAGAAAGCCAAUGGUGAAAGAAGUGAUUCUCCAGGCGCUGGGAAAGGGAUGCCAGGUUCAACACGAAUGCUCACAAGAUUACGAAACCCGGAUAGCAAGUUGUGCCAGAUGAAAAGCCAGCAGGUUGCUGCUGCAGCGCAUGAAGCAAAUAAGAUACAUAAAGAAAACAGAGAGGUUCUGGUGGUCAACUCUCAAGGUGAAGUUUCCCGAAUGAACACAAAGAGGGAAAUUGUGAUGAAAGGAAAUAUCAACAAUUAUUUCAAAUUAGGUCAAGAGGGGAAAUACCGUGUUUAUCAUAAUCAGUAUGCCACUAAUUCCUUUGCAUUGAACAAGCACCAACACAGGGAAGACCAUGACAAGAGACGACAUCUCUCACAUAAAUUCUGUCUGACUACUGCUGGAGAGUUCAAAUGGAAUGGGUCUGUACAUGGGUCCAAGGUUCUUACCAUAUCCACUUUAAGGCUAACUAUUAUUCAGCUAGAAAACAAUAUCCCGGCAUCGUUCCUUCACCCUAACUGGGCUUCUCACAGGUCUAACUGGAUUAAGGCUGUUCAGAUGUGCAGCAAACCUAGAGAAUUUGCACUAGCUCUGGCUAUAUUGGAAUGCGCAAUUAAGCCUGUGGUGAUGUUGCCAAUCUGGCGGGAAUCCUUGGGGCAUACUAGAUUACGCAGAAUGACUGCAAUAGAAAGGGAAGAAAAGGAGAAAGUGAAAAAAAAAGAGAGAAAACAAGAAGAAGAAGAAACAAUGCAGCAAGCUACAUGGGUGAAAUAUACAUUCCCUGUUAAACAUCAGGUUUGGAAACAAAAAGGAGAGGAAUAUAGAGUAACAGGAUAUGGUGGCUGGAGCUGGAUCAGUAAAACACACGUCCAUAGGUUUAUGCCCAAAUUGCCUGGAAAUACCAAUGCAAAUUACAGAAAGUUGCUGCCAACAAAGAAUGAAGAUGAAAAAUGCAAUUUGGAUAAAAGAAAAGGUCCAAUAAAAGUAAAAACAGAGAAAGAUAGAAUGAAGGAUUCUCAUGAUCUUCAAGCAAAGGACAAAGGCAGCAGCAUGUCAGAAGCAGCGGAGAAAGUACAAGUGAAGGAAGAAAAGUCACGUGAAGAAAAAGUUGAUACAAAUUCUGAAAACUUAGGUCAUGCAAAAGACAAAGAGGAAAAAGAAAUCGAUGCUGAAAAUUUUAAAGUCAUCAAGGAAGAACCUAUGGAUAUAGAUUUGAAAACUGAAUCCUCAAUAAAAGAUGAGGAUAAUCACUGUAAACUUGAUAUAAUCAACGUCAGCGAGGGAUUUCAUUUAAGGACUUGCUACAAGAGGAAAGUCAAAUCAUCAAAAUUAGAUGGACUACUUGAGAGACGAAUAAAACAAUUUACACUGGAAGAAAAACAACGUCUAGAGAGGAUGAAACUGGAGGCUAGUGCUAAAAAUGGAGGCAUUCAAUCAUUAAGCUCCCAGAAAAAUUUAGAAGAGCUACAAAUGAAAAAAGUAAAGGAAGGAAGUCAAUCAGACACAUCUUCCCAAAAUCAAACCUAUAUUUCAGAUAAAGUCCAAAAUGAAGAUACAGGUCAGGAUUGCUUGCCAAUCAGCAGCAUCUCUUCUAUGAAAACUGGUGAGCUAGAUGAGCUCUCUUUACCUUCAACAAAUAGGCUGUCAAAAAGAGAAGGUCAGCUUCUAGAUGAAGACUCACCUCAGUCCUCUGAAGGUGAAAGAUCUAUUCAGAAUGAUAGCAAAGACAAAAACUCUGAACCUGUGGCAGCUGAUAAGAGUCAAGUACGAGAAGAUGUUAGAGUGUGUGAGAGUUCCAUUGUUGAGGACUUGAAACAAACAAGUACAGAUGGUAAAGUCAAAUGGGAUGUUUUGGAAACAAAUGAGAAGCCUUUCAAACAAAAACCACCUAUUACCAGAGUAUCUCAGAGAGAAUGUGAAAAGUCAGAGCCAGUGAUAAGUAAAAGCAGCUGUAGAAAAGGUGCUGUGGCUAUUUCUGACAAAACAAAUACGGAAGGGAAUUCUGAACAGCAGAGCAAAGAUCCAGAAAAGAAUUGUAUAAUAAAAAGCCAUUUUGAACCACUGUCCUUUCAAAAAAGUGAACUGGAUAAAGACAUUACUCCAAGAAAAACUGAAAGUAAAUCUGAAAACAAGGUUGUAUUUCACCAGAAAUUAGUUAGUAAAGAUAUAGAACCACUUAAAACCGAGCUAAUUUCUGAAAGAAACCUUGGAAGUCAAACUUUGGAACGUGAGGAUGGAGUGAAAGUUGAUGAGGAACUACUGAGCUCUCAACUAAAUGAGGCUAAUGGUCAAAAGAAAGGUCAGGAACUGAAGGUAGACACAAAUACCAUAAACAAAUACCUUGAUCAAACAAAUCUAAAUAGUGUUACUGACAAAAUGAAUAAUAAAGAUGAAGAAACUGAAAUGGACUUAGAAAAAGGUAAAUCAACAUUUCAAAUGAAUGGAAAAGACAGUGAUAUUAAAGUACUAUCAAAUGAUGAAAGUUUAGUUAAAGUCAACUAUGAAGCGACAACAGGAGAUGAUAUUGAACCAAGAGUUAAUAAUAUUAAUAAAUCCUUUCCAGAGCAUGAAAUGAAACCACUGACUUCUAAGGAAUCUUCAGUAAAACCAUUCAUGAAUGGUGACAUCACAACUGAGGACAGUGUUGAUAAAAAUGCUCUGGACCCUAAGUCCUCUCUGCAGAGUUCACCUGAAUUUGAAGCUGAAAAGACUCUUCAGCCAUCAGAGGAAGUCCCAAAUUAUGUGCAGAAAACUGAAGAAAAACAUCUUUCUCCUCAAAGAUCUGCCUUUCUUGAUACUUCUUCCACACCAGCACAUGAUUUCUGUAAAGAAAAUAAUCUUAGCAGUGAAACAGAAUCUAUGGAAACCGAACAUGCUGAGGAUAAGAAAGUCGCUUCAUCUCCUGUAAUGUCAUGUGAGGAAUCUAGCUUGAGUAGUGACUUUGCUGAUCAGAAUGGUCUACAGACAUACAAAGUAGAAGAUGUUAAUGGAGAAAGUAAAAUAAAAACUGUUAUUACUGAAGUGACCACCACAACAUCAACUGUUUCUACAGAAUCCAAAACUGUGUUUAAAGUUGCAGAGACUCUAGCUUCUAAUGAUGAGAAAACAACAGUGGUGUCAUCUACAGAAAACUGUGCCGUAUCCACUGUAACUACCACCACCACUGUGACUAAGCUUACCACUCCAGCUACACACAGCAAUGUUGAUGUCAUUUCUGUACAAGAACAUCGUAAAACAGUGGUUACAACAACAGUGACUGAUUCUCUGUCCACCCCAGAAGGCACAUUGGUUACUUCCAUGACUGUCAGCAAAGAGUAUUCUACAAAAGACAAAGUGAAGUUAAUGAAAUUUACAAAACCCAAAAAAACACGUUCUGGAACUGCCUUGCCAUCAUAUAGAAAAUUUGUAACCAAAAGCAGUAAAAAAAGCAUAUUUGUUUUACCCAAUGAUGACUUAAAAAAGCUAGCCAGAAGAGGAGGGAUCAGAGAAGUUCCCUAUUUCAAUUAUAAUGCAAAGCCUGCAUUGGAUAUCUGGCCGUAUCCAUCUCCAAGACCAACUUUUGGGAUCACUUGGAGGUACCGACUUCAAACAGUAAAAUCUUUGGCUGGGGUGAGCCUUAUGCUGCGACUGCUGUGGGCAUGUCUCAAAUGGGAUGACAUGGCUGCAAAAGCUCCACCUGGAGGAGGAACUACACGUACAGAAACUACUGAAACUGAAAUUACAACAACAGAAAUAAUUAAGCGAAGAGAUGUUGGUCCAUAUGGAAUCCGGUCAGAGUACUGUAUAAGAAAAAUUAUUUGUCCCAUUGGUGUACCAGAGGCUCCAAAAGAAACUCCAACACCCCAGAGGAAGGGACUUCGAUCAAGUGCACUAAGGCCAAAAAGGCCAGAAACACCCAAGCAAACAGGCCCUGUUAUAAUUGAAAGUUGGGUAGCAGAGGAGGAAUUGGAGUUAUGGGAGAUCAGGGCAUUUGCUGAAAGGGUGGAGAAGGAAAAGGCGCAGGCAGUUGAACAGCAGGCUAAGAAACGUCUGGAACAGCAGAAGCAGAUACCUGUAGCAGGUGUGGCUGCCACUGUCACUACAGCCAGCAGCACUACAAGUACAGUCUCAACUCCACAGAAAGUUGUGGUGGGCCCUUUAGCGGGCCCGGUUCCCACUGGAACCAAAGUAGUACUUACUACAAAAGUGGGUUCUCCAGCUACAGUAACAUUCCAACAGAACAAGAAUUUCCAUCAGACUUUUGCUACUUGGGUUAAACAAGGCCAAUCUUCAACAGCCACUAGCACAGCUGCCACUUCAGCCACAACCAUUGCCAGCACAGGGCAGACCUUCCAGAUCUCAGGCAGUCCAGUAACGAUGGCAGGGAAAGUGAUAACUAAGCUGCCACUCCCUGCAAACAGCAAGAUUGUUGCCGUCAAUGUGCCAUCAACUCAAGGAGGUGUUGUUCAAGUUCAGCAAAAGGUAUUGGGCAUCAUUCCAUCAACAACAGGUGCAAGUCAAACAUUUACUUCAUUCCAGCCAAGGACAGCCACUGUAACAAUUAGGCCAAAUACCACAGGGACUUUAGGAACUACAAGUACUUCACAAGUGAUGCAAGGGACACCACUCCGUCCUGGUAUGACAGUAAUCCGAACACCACUACAGCAGUCAACACUUGGGAAGGCCAUCAUUCGAACACCUCUAGUGGUGCAACAAGGUAUUCUUCCAGCCAGUCAGUCACAGCAGGUAGUGACUCAGAUAAUCAGAGGUCAACCUGUCUCAACAGCAGUUUCUAGUACCAGCACAGCUUCUACUAGUUCUGGACAGAAGACUGUAACAAGUCCUGGAACUCCACCUCAGCAAAUACAGCCACAAACCACAUCGCAGCCCCCUCGUCCUCAGCAGGGCCAAGUGAAACUUACCAUGGCCCAACUUACACAGCUUACACAAGGACAGGGUGGCAGUCAAGGAUUAACAGUGGUAAUUCAGGGACAAGGUCAAACUACUGGUCAACUACAAUUAAUCCCUCAGGGAGUGACUGUAAUACCUGGUCCAGGACAACAACUUAUGCAAGCAGCUAUGCCAAAUGGUACAAUUCAGAGAUUCCUUUUCACCCCACUGCCAGCAGCUGCUACUACAGCUAGCACAACUACAACAACAGCUUCUACUGCAACCUCAGCUACAGAGCAGAAGCAAGCUCUACAGGCACAGCCAACAUCAGUGCAGCCGCCAGUUCAGCCACAGCCUCAGAGUCAGCAGCAAGUCCAGCCUCAAGCACAGAAUCAGAGCGCUCAACCUGUGUCCCCCACCCAGCCACAGGCACCACAGCCACCGCUUCAGCCUGAAACUCAGACCCAGCCCGAAUCUCAAACUCCAGCAUCUCUUGACUCUCCAGUCACACCUGAAGCACAGUCAUCUAAAUCUCCGGUGCAGUCUCCGGCGCAGACCCAGGCUCAAGGACAAUCUCCAGCGCAAGUCCAGAGUCAGCCGCAGAGUGCAGUCCUUCCACAAGGCCAGUCCCAAGUCCAGCCUCAGCAACCAGCUCAGGUGCAGACUACAACCCAACAACAGAUUCAGAUGCAGCCCCAUGCUCCCAUACAAAUUCAACCUCAGCUGCAGCAAUUGCAACCUCAGGUUCAGACUUCGGUCUCAACCCUUCCAACUACUCAAAGUUUAAAUCAGGUUCCUGUGCAAUCCCCAACUCGUCCUCAGCUGCAACUUCAGCAGCCUCCAACUAAAGUUAUUACAGUGCCUCAGCUUCAGCAACAAGUCCAAGUUCUCUCUCAGCUUCAGUCACAUGUUGUGGCUCAGAUACAAGCCCAACAAGGCAGUGUACCCCAGCAGAUCAAGCUUCAGUUACCUAUUCAGAUUCAACAAAGUAGCCCAGUACAGGCUCACCAGAUUCAGAAUGUGGUAACAGUUCAAGCAGCUAGUGUUCAGGAGCAGCUGCAGAGAGUUCAGCAGCUCAGAGAGCAGCAACAGAAGAAAAAGCAGCAACAGAUAGAAAUUAAACGUGAGCACACCCUUCAGGCUUCUAAUCAGAGUGACAUUAUCCAGAAACAGGUGGUUAUGAAACAGAAUGCUGUCAUAGAACACUUGAAACAAAAGAAGACACUGACUCCAACUGAGAGGGAAGAAAAUCAGAGAAUGAUUGUAUGCAACCAAGUGAUGAAAUAUAUUCUGGAUAAGAUAGAUAAGGAAGAGAAGCAGGCAGCUAAGAAACGAAAGCGAGAAGAGAGCGUGGAGCAGAAGCGUAGUAAACAGAAUGCUACCAAGCUGUCAGCUCUACUUUUCAAGCACAAAGAACAGCUCAAAGCUGAAAUCUUGAAAAAAAGAGCACUUCUGGACAAAGAACUACAAAUUGAAGUGCAGGAGGAGCUAAAGAGAGACUUGACUAAAAUUAAGAAAGAAAAAGAAAAAGCCCAGGCAGCUGCUGCUGCUGCAGCUGCAGCCGCUGCCGCAGCAGCAGCUGCUGCCACUGCCACCCCACCACCACCACCGCCAGCACUGCCAUCGCCACCACAGCACCACACAGCCAGCGUCACCUCCUCCUCCUCCACCACAGUCCCAAUGCCAAUAUCCUCCCAGAAGAGAAAGCGAGAUGAGGAGAGAGACUUGUCAGCUUCCAAGUCCAAGAAAAAGAAAAUGAUUUCUACUACCUCAAAGGAAACAAAGAAGGACACAAAGCUUUACUGCAUCUGUAAAACGCCUUAUGAUGAGUCUAAGUUCUAUAUUGGCUGUGAUCUUUGUACUAACUGGUAUCAUGGAGAAUGUGUUGGCAUCACAGAAAAGGAGGCUAAGAAAAUGGAUGUGUACAUCUGUAAUGAUUGUAAACGGGCACAAGAGGGCAGCAGUGAGGAAUUGUACUGUAUCUGCAGAACACCUUAUGAUGAGUCGCAAUUUUACAUUGGCUGCGACCGGUGUCAGAACUGGUAUCACGGUCGGUGUGUUGGCAUUUUGCAAAGUGAGGCUGAUCUCAUUGAUGAGUAUGUGUGUCCACAAUGUCAGUCCACAGAAGAUGCCAUGACUGUCCUCAGUCCGCUGACCGAUAAAGACUACGAAGGGUUAAGAAGAGUUCUGCGCUCUUUACAGGCUCACAAGAUGGCCUGGCCAUUCUUAGAACCAGUAGAUCCCAAUGAUGCACCAGAUUAUUAUGGUGUUAUUAAAGAACCAAUGGACCUUGCCACCAUGGAAGAAAGAAUACUGAAGCGUUACUACAAAAAGGUCACAGAGUUUGUGGCAGAUAUGACCAAAAUUUUUGAUAACUGUCGUUACUACAAUCCAAGUGACUCUCCUUUUUACCAAUGUGCAGAAGUUCUUGAAUCAUUCUUUGUACAGAAACUAAAAGGAUUUAAGGCAAGCAGAUUGUGAUAUCUUUAGUCUGAACUGUUUUAACUGGAAUCAGAAAUUUCUUUUAUUGUACAAUUCAAUAACAUGAAAUAGCCCUAAAAAAUCCAAAUCAUUUGUCUAAAAAGUAAACAAUGAGUAUUUUUAUUAUUACCAGCAAAUCCUGCUGGUUAAAUGCAAAUGUAUUAACAGGGAAAAAAAAUUGUCCCAUUCCUGGAAUACUGUAAUGAGAGAAAUGAAAAUUUCAUCUCGGAAGCCAUGUAUCCCAUUGUUUUAUUUUCAGUCACUAAUAAAAUUGUGGAUGUCAAAGAAGGGUUUUGCUGAAUGGUGAUAAGCAGAGAUGUGAUUUUUAAUAUGCCUGGUUCAGUUUUUUCUAUUAAGUUAAUCCAAGGAUUUCUUGAAUAAAUUUAGGCUGAAUACACCUUAUUAUAAAUAUUCACCUGUAUAAAUUGUCUUUUUCCUUUCCUUUUGAUGUACUACUGUUAUGUAAACAUGAGAAUAAAACUGACUUCAGGCAUUUUGAAAUAUUUCAGUGACACUGUAUUUGGCAACCAGUGAAAUAUUUGUGUGCAGGACAUGAAAAUGUGAAUAAAAUUCAGGGAGAAUUAAGUGGGUUUUUUGGAAGAGUUAAGACAAAAAAAAAAGAAGCAACACGAUGGUAAUUCCCUCCUAGUGAUUUACCUGUGGCAACACCUUGCAGCAACUAUGUUUCCCAAAAUGAAGGGUGCUUAAUUCUUCACUUUCUUCUGUACUCUGCAGGUCCCAUAACAACAAACUGCAGUCUACAGCUUCUUAGAGUUCUGCGUGUAAACCUAACAAACGAGCAAGAAUCUGGUUGUCUGAAAAUUUUUAAUUAAGAAGCCAGAUGUUUUUAGUCAGGUUAUCCUGACAAGACUCGAUGUAAACUGCGUUUUUAUUGGUCACAACAGUCAAAUUAUAUCCUUGGCUUAUUUUGUCCAAAGGACAAAGAAAUAAAAAUCAGCAGCACCACUUUCUUGUCAAGAUCAAAUUGUUGUACUAUGGUGGCAGAAGCAGGAAAACUUUGUUUUGUUGAAGGAGAAAGAGCAAGAAAAUAAAAAGAUACAGUAAAUGGGGUCAAGUUUAACUCCAUGGAAAUGCCACGUCUGUUCUUCAGUGAAGAAGCUGGUUUAAAGUCCACACAGAAAACUUUGACUGUAUUUAUUUAUUGUUGCAAAAAAGACGCUUUUUUAUUGCUGCCCUCAUUUGUCAGCUAAUUAUUUUUUCUUAUAAAAUCCAGCCCCGGUCACAUGUAAUCCAUUCUGUAUCUUAACAUGAUUCCUGUAGGUAAAAGUACAAGAAGACCUCUAGAUGUCUUUUCUUUCUAUGAAAGGAGCUGCUAUGUACACAUGUGCACACACACAGAACUGGGAAUCAACGAUGAGUUUGUCAUUCAUGGUAGAUUAAAAAGAAACCAGAACAAUUAAGCUUGCAUAAAGGUUGGGCUAAGUGGUCAUGGACUACAGACUCUGUUGCCUUGAAUAUAACAGUACAAUUUGUCAUUUACUCUACACCAGACUGAAACGAGUAAAAUCUAUUUGAAGGUAUCUUGUUUGUAAACAUUUGUCAGAUUCUAAUUUUUUUCUUUUGUAUUAAAAUUCAAAAUAUGGAUGUAUAUGAAACAAAAUAAAUGGAGAUAAUUGUUCUCCCCACACA